GUAGAUACUCGCUGCGUCCGGUUCAGAAUAUUGCUGAUGUUUGUCAAAAUGUACAACAAGUAGUAAAAUUAUACUAAUUCUCGUGGCCGCACGUGUGAAAAAAAUUUCAUAUUAUACCCCAAGGGCAAUCGCUGUGAUAAAAUCGGAUUAGUUUUGGAUCGAACCCAUCAAGAUUCUGAGUGAUAUUUUUUAUUUUUGAGCGAUUUUAAGGCGACCGCCGUUUCUGGUCAUUCGGUUUUUAGUUUAAAGCUCUUGAAUUUAUUUUGCCUGAAACAUGGAGACCAACGAUUUGCCAUUUUAUCAUCAUAACAUUGCAGCUGCUACUUAUUCUGAUAAAAAUGCUACCAGGCAGCCGGACUAUUUUUAUUCGGGCUCUGGAAAAUCGAGCCUGCCGGAAGUGACGCCGGUUAUAUCUGUUAUAUCCACCGGACCCGUCAUAAAAUCUCAUAACGGCAUACGAUACCUCAAGACGCUAUCUGGAUUCUUGAAAAUUAUGGAAAUGAUAUGCACUUUGACAGCAUUUAUUGUGUCCAUCAUCACAUGGUCAUCGCAUUCGUUUUACGGUGGGCCAUCAAAAAAGGCUUUAAUGUACUAUCCGUAUGCUUAUGGUUCUGCACUGUGGACGGAUAUCGCCACCGCCGUUGCCUUCCUUAUUACCCUGGCACUGCUCAUUACCUAUUUGUCUGGCCUCGUAGAAAAAUUUGCUACAAUUCCAUGGAUCAGCAUUGAACUGGGCUACUCCAUAGUUGCAAUUAUUUGUAUGCUGAUCGCUGGAGGUGUUAUGAUACCAUAUAGCAAUCUGGAUGUCUACAGAUGGAUAUGUGUGGCUUUCUGCUGGGCAGCGAUGAUUGCUUAUGCAAUCGAUGCCUUCCUUAAAUACAAAAUGUACAGAAACCGUCAACCAGCCCAAGAAAGAAACCAAAGUGGAAAAUAUUGACAAAUGAAAAACAAAUUAAUAGGACUGCAGUCCGAUGCGCAUAUUCUUUACGUAUUUGGAGAUUUCAGCAAAUACACGCAACCGCGGUGAGCUUGCGCCCAGUCAAUUCAUUUCAAUCUUGCUUUUAUAUCAUUUGCCUCACGUCUCACAUGGAUGAAUGGAUGAUCGUAAUCUGCCAAUAAUUACUAUACCGGUACCGUUUUGCCAGUUUUGCAGUUUCCAGCAAAAUAAGUCGCGUACAGUGCGAUUAUCAGCACAUUAAAAGCUGUGAUCCAGUUCUUGCGACAGAAUCUGUACUAAAUAGUAUGCAUGUACGUAGUUUUGCGCAACAGCGUAUCCGGCUUGGGAAUGUUAGUGUGUAUUGUAUGCUGUCAGUGUGAGGAAAACUGUGAUCAUGACCUUUAUUACCGCGCACUGCACUGUGCUUCUAUUAGUUUUGGGUGACAAUAAUUCGGUGUCUGAAUGAACCAAAGUUGUCCGCACAACCAUGGCAAUGAAAUCGAAGUUAUCUGGGCUAACAAAGCUUGAGCAAAUUUUGGAAGCUCAUUUUAUUGCGA